GAAUUUUUAAUAUGACAACACCACUAACCUCACUUUUUUAAAUCUAUUUAAUGGCGGAUGCGCUUGCGUGAUGCCGGUUUCGUGUUAUUAUUGCAUAUAGUUUGGCGUCUUUUCCUGGUGGAUUUGUGAUAUCAUUGAUUUUACCUGUUAAUUCACAUUUGCUGGAUCGUCAAUAUGGUAGCCCAGAAGAAAGGCCGCGGCGCUAAAAACCAGGCAGCGAAGGCAAAGGCCGCCGCCCAAGCCGCCGAGGAGCAGGCGCCUGAGAUGGAGACUUCCGAGCCCGUCGAGGCCGAAGACAACAACGGAGACGCCGAGCAGGCUGAACAGGGCGACGACUCCACUGUGGGAGACGCCGGCGCCGCGGAGGGCGGCGACGCCGACCAGAGCCACGACAACGCCGAGGGCGAUGCCGCCGGAGAUGAUAAGAAAGAGGACAAAGUGGAGUCUGGUAAAAUACUCGUUGAGAACCUCCCGUCGACCUACCUGUUCGAUUACCAGGAGAAACUCAAGGAGUUGUUCUCAAAACACGGAGAAGUUACCAAUGUCAAACGUGGUCCAAUCAUUGUAACUGAACUGACCACAACUCCGACAUUAUCGGCAAUAGUCGAAUUCAAAAACAAAGAGUCUCUGGAAAAGGCGUUGUCCGAGGAGGGCACGGUGCUAGACGGCAGCAGCAUCUCAGUGUCGGUGGAGUCCCGCGCGGAGACCGCGGUGCUGGUCGGCGUGCCCUAUGAAGCCAGCACGGAGUACGUGAAGCUCCUGUUCUCCCAGUGCGGCGAGGUCGCGCAUAUACACGAGUUCAGCAAGACUAAGUACAAAAUAUUGAGAGUAACAUUCCAAGACAAGGACUGCGUGGACAAGGCCCUGAAGCUGGACCGCGAGCUGCGCAUCAACGGCUUCCUCGUCACCGUCUCCAAGUACCGCGACGAAGACGAACAGAAGGCGCAUAACGCCGCCAAUGUCAACAAGAAUAAGCGGCAGCACCCGAACCAGCAACAGAACCGCAACAACGCUAACGCGAACACGAACGCGAGCCCCAACGCCAACCGCUCCAACAACUUCCGCGCGCGGGGCGGCGCUUUCAACGCCAGGGGCAACUUCAGAGGAGCUCGCGGUCGCGGCGGGUUCGGCGGUCGCGGCGGCGCAUUCCCGCGCGGCGGCUUCGCCCCAGUCAACACGUACAUGCCGCCACAGGGCUUCAUGGGCCGUCCGAACUACCUGUAGAAACAUUACACCAGUUAAGUCCAGCAGGGUGGGUUCAUGAACGACGGUCAGCGACCAAACAAGCGGCUCCGGCAAAUGUAACCAUAUUCCUUAAGACAUAAGAUCCAGUGUCGUGCGUCGUCCUCCUAUGUUCGUGUGUGUGAGUGUGAACAGCGCCCUAUCAGAGACUUCUACAGUGACAUGAUUUGCAGUAUCAAUAAUAAAGAAAUAAAUCUAGCUAAUUGUAUUUACUAAGUACAUGGAAUAAAAUAAUUGUAAGCUAAUGUCUUUUUGACAGGUAAUAAAUGUAAUUACUAACAUUUA